AUGAAAUCUUCUGCCAAUUCAUCUUCGACUGUUGUAUCUAAAAAUGCAUAUGGCGGCUGGAACAGUUCAAAAAAUGAAAGUAUGAAAUUUGCAAACAGUUCCUAUAAAGAGGAGGUUGGUAUUUUGGAAAAAAUAUCAAGUAUAUUAGAAGAACUAGAAAGAGAAGGUGAUUCAAAAGAUUUCCAACCAUUGAUUAAGUUCCUUGAAAAGGGUUUCGGUGCACAAAUUAUUCAACUCUGGUCUUAUUAUGCAGAAGUUAAUCUUGUUGCCAAACUCACAUCAACAACUACUAUAAUAAAUAAUAUUUUAACUGUUUUACAGAAUGGUACCACUGAUAUUAAUAUUUUAACCUAUGGGGAUACUUUGAUCCAUUCAAUCAUAAUAGAUUAUACAAAGGCUCUUUAUCAUGGCUUACAGAAUACUAAAACUGCACUUUGCCAAGGCAUCCUAUCUCUUUUAAAAACUAUUUUAAAUUUUAAUAAUAACAAACAUUUAGUAGAUUUUUUAUCUAACUUUGAUUUAAAUUCAGCCAACUUUGUUAAUGUUUUAACACCGCCCAAGUCUGAAUUAUCUCAAGCUAGAACAGUGGUUACUAAAGUUAAUAGGACUACAAGAACUAUUUUUAUUGAAUUUUGGAUUGAUUUGAUUAAUCUAUGUCCAAGUCAAUUAAGAAAGGAUCUUUUAACGGAGAAUACCAAAAUCAUGAGUGCUUGGUUGAAAUAUAUGGACAAAGUUGAUUGUAUUGAAAUAAUGGAAAUAACUAUAGAUUGCUUUAUUAAAUCUAUUUUAAUGGAACCUCUCUUUAAAAAAAUGACAAAAAUUAAAAUUUUAAAUGAAUUGACAAUUAAUAAGAUACAUUAUUUUUAUAAAUCAAACGACAAAGGAUUAAUAAAGAAAAUUAAUGAAUUUUUUACUAUUUAUUGUACACAUCCAAACUUUAGUGUUGCUUUCCCAGAUGAUUGUGUUUGGUUUACAGAAUCACCUUUGAAUCGUAAUAUUCCGGUUAAUUUCACAACUUCUAAGCAAGUGGAUGAUAAGAUUUCUGAUAUAAACAAUAAAGAUCCCAAAUCAUCAAUAUCAUCACAUGGUGUUCCACUUAUUGUAAACAAAAAAGAAUUUAGGGUUUAUAAUAAAUUAUUAUUUAAGGUAUUGAAAAGUUUUAAACCUUGGGAAGAUGAAUCUCAGGCACAUAUUGUAAUUUCAAUUUUAAAUCAUGUUUCUGAACUAAUCCCACCUUACGCCAAUCUAUUAGCUUCUCAGGGUUCUCAUACUCCAGGGAUGACAUCUUAUUGGUUUGGUUCUACAAUGAUCAUUGGAAGAAUGAUUAAUCUACCAAUCCCAUCUUUCAUUGAUAAAGUUGAAACAAACAUGAUACCUUCUGCAGAUCUUGUAAUGGAAAAUAUAUUCCCAUCAUGCUUAUCAAAGAAAUUUCUAACCCAAGCUUUACAAGAUGACUGUUUAAUUUUUAGGCAAUUAGCUUGUCAAUUGAUAAUCUUUAGUUUCAAAAAAUACGAAACAAUUUUGAAAUUGUACGAUAGAAAAGGUUGGACAUCAUCAAAACUUCUGUUGUCAAAUUCUUUCCAAUCAAAUAUUCCCGAUUUAAAUAUAUUAUUGAAUAGUCUAAAUCAAUCAUACACAAAGAAAAAAGAUAAUUUAAUUCUAAUCCUGUCACUUACAGUAAUAUUUAAGUAUUAUAGUAAAUUUUUCCCCAAUUUUUUCAGCAUACAUUUACCACAAUCAAAUGUAUAUACUGAUUUAAUGAAGAAGGAAACAAAUUUCACAGGUAUUGAAUUUGCUAUUUUAGAUAAUUUCUUACAAUUCCAAGAAUUUAGCCCCAGUCAAGCCAAGUGGUGGAAUUCUACAGAAAGUUCUAAUAGUCUAUUUGUUACUUUAUUAAAACUAUCAUCUUCUAUUAAUACAACAAAUAUUAUGUCUACGACAAUCUCUAACCUUUUAUCUUCAUUAUUGAAAGGAACAAUUUUAUUUAAUAAUUUUCAAGCAUCUCAGAUUGACUGUCUAAUUAACAGUUUACAAGUUAUUACUAAUCAGUGUAAUUCAACAGACGAAAAUUUGAAUAAGAUUUUUAAAUUUAUUGAUCAAAUCAUAUCUUUUUGUAUGAAAAUACCUUACAAAUAUGUUGAUAUAUCGAAUAACUACAAUAAUGUUUCUCCAUUCAUCAUGUGUUUAAUGGAGCAAUGGAAAUAUGUGGCAAAAAAUUUCGAUUCUGAUCUACUCGUUAAAUGGGUAUUAAUUACACUAAGAAAUAUGGUGAUUAUUGGUGAAAGCCUUGACGGUAUUAAAAGAGCUAUUGAUGAUCAUUUAACCGGCGUCUCCAAGAAGUUAGUUGAUGUGUAUUUGAAUUUCAAAAACUAUGAAAAGAAAUUGUUUAUUUUAAACCAAGAUCAGUAUCUAUUGAAAGACAUUUCGACUAAGUCUUUUUUCCAACAUAUAAUGUUGUCAAAAUACAACGAAUUAGAUAAUAUGAAUCGUAUUCCAACUUCAGUUUUUGAUGUUUCUGCAAUAUUUUUCAGAUUAAGCAUAAUAUUAGAAGAUGAGUUAAUUGAAUUUAAUAGCUCCUUCAAAGAAAGUGUAGAUAAUUUAUUAACAUUAUUAACAAAAAUGACAUUAUCUAAUUCGUCAUUCAAAAUAAUGGAUAAACAAUUCAUUAAUAAUAUUUUCAGAAAUAUUGAAGAUCCAUCGACAUCCUCCUCUAUGAAUAAAUAUUUAUUUAUAGCGACUGCAUUAAUCAACAUUUUCCAAAAUUUGAAACUUUCUGAUUGCCAAUUUAUUACAUUUGUUAAUAACUGGCUAUCAACUUCCUUAAGUAAUGUUGAUUCUACUAAUCCAGAAAUAAUGCCUUUCUUAAAUGCCACUAUCAAAUGUUUAUCUCCAGAAGAUAUAUUGCCAUUGCUAUCCAAAAAUUUAGAAUUUAACAAUGGUGAAAUUUUCACAAGCUUACAGAAAGUAUUGUAUUCUUCCAAAAAUCAUAUUCCUUAUAGUCUAAUAAGUAAGAUGCUUACUAUUAAUUCACCGGCUAUUAAACAAUUAGUUUUAGCAUUUGUUUCCUCAAAUAGGGUAGAUGACUUUGAUUCAACUACAUUUUUAAAUACUAUUACCACAAGUGAUUUAAAUUGCGACUUAUUGACAUCUUAUUUGAAGUCUAGCUACUUUUCCUUUGAUGUCUUUCAACCAGUUUUGAAGAAAUUAGACCAUUCCUUGCCAUUUCUCAUUAGUGCUGCAAUCAACCUUCCUGAUAUUCAAGAUGUUGAUUUAGAUUCUAUUUUUCACGAUACUUUCAAUAUUGUGUGGAGGAUAUUUGAAGAAAAUAAGGACAAGCUGAACAACGAGUAUUUACAAUUAUUUACCAAGUUUUCUCAUUUUUUAACAAGGGAUCAAAAGGAUGUAGUAUUAAAGUAUAUUACUGCAGAAUAUUCUCACAAAUAUUCAAAAGAGGCAGUUUCCUUUGUAUAUCUAAUUCAAGAUUUUAAAGAUGAAUCAGUCAAAAAAUGGUUAAAUAAGUUGAUAUUAUAUAUUACAAAAUAUUUGGUCGAAGCAUCUGAGUUAUCCCCAUCAUUUGCUGAAUUGUUAUCAAGUACAAUGAGUUUGUUGAAAACGGUUAAUAUUUGGAAUAUGGUUCAUAAAAAUAUUUUGAAUGCCCAAUUAGAAGCAGUGUUAGGCAGUAGGUGGGUUUCGGAUAACUUGGUUAUCAAGUAUAUUACCUUUAUUGCUCUUUCUAGUACUAAAGAAAAACUAGAAAGUACCAGAAUCUUACCAAUUCUUUUAAACAAUGAAAAAACCGUUUUCACUAUAAAAGAAAAUAAAUCGGAGGCUUCCUUUUUUAUCUCAACUCUGAUUUACUGCCUAUUUCAUUUAGACCCCUCUAAUAAUAGUAAUACACAUAUUCAAUUGACUAUUUUGACAUGUUAUUCAGGUUCUCUGUCUGCAAAAGAUAGAAUAUUAUUGCAGCUUUUGGAAGAACUGGAAACUCAACUGUCUACUUCCUGGACUAAUCAUAUUUAUAAUUGGGAUUUACUGGAAGAACAAGAUUCAGAAACGCUGGAACUCAUUGGUGAUGUCAGCUUAAUAACAAAAAAACCGGAAGGUUUGAUUCUUUCCUUGCAAAAGGACAAAAUUAAUAAUACGGUUAAGAAUUUUCCAAAUAUUAGAAUACCAGUUCCAAUACCCACCGCUCAAAAUAUUCAGGAGAGUUGGAAUUCUUUUGAAAAGUUUCAUAAAGAAAUAAAUCGUGACUCUUAUUUUGAUACUUCAAAGACAUAUGACCCACUUUUCUUACUUUUGUUAACGGUCCAUAAUGAAGAGUUAGUAUCUUCUUCAAAAGACGAACAUGGGCAGCAGAUAUAUUUAUUCCAUGCUAAGAAAUUUAUCGCCUCUGGUAUCUUCCAGGUUGCAGUCGUUGGAUUAUCUACAACUGGAUCGUUAAAUCAAAUUUCAUUUGAAUUGUUAAAACAAAUGAUGAAUACCUUAGAAACAAAUGACAAUUUUAAAGAAAGUACUAUUCUGAAGAUUUUCUUGAAGAAAAUUAUCAAUACUAUUUUAAAAUCGAAAAACGAUAUGGAGAAAAAGCACAUUAUUGCACCAAUUGUUUGGAGAUUUACUGCAAAAUUGACAGAUCUUGUAGUACAGUCAGCCGCCAAUUUACAUGAGCCUGCCUAUCGUUGGAUACUAAACGCUCCGUAUGUCCGUAAAAGUGAUAUCCCACUUUUAGCAGAUUUGAUGGGUAUGAACGAGAAAAUCGAUCUUUUAGAAAAUUAUUAUCAACAAUUAGCUUGGGUAUUAGAAGGGUUAGAACAAGGUGUUCAGACGAGAUUAGAUGUCGAUUUAUUAAGAGGAAAAGGCAUCAUCGAAUGGUUGGCUAACUUAUUAAAUUUACCUAACCUAAGUGUAAGAAUGAGAUCAAUGAUUAAUCAUAUAUUUUACAAUAUUCAAAGAAUUGAGGAUGGUGCAUCAACUCUAAUAACCAGGUUUGCUUCCGUGUCUGCGUUAGAAAUUAAUUAUAUAUCCACUAACUCUUUAUUAGAACAAGCCAAACUAAUUUACGAGAGAAAUAUGAAUAACACAAAGAAUUUAAAGAAAGUUUUGACUAUGGAAGAACAAGUGAUCAAUGUGAAAGAAUUGGCAAGCGGCUUUACUGUGAUCGGUAAAUCUCAGAAAAGAUUGAGAGAUUGGACCUCUGGAGAUUUUGAGAAUUUAACUAAAAGAAUUAAUAGAUAA